AUGAGAUUCAACUUCCAGCAACAGAUAAGAAAAUCUAAAAUUGAAGAUCAAUUAAAAGAUGCAAGGAAAAAGUAUUAUAAUUACGGUAUUAAUUUAAAUGAUCAACAUAUUUUGAACUAAAAUUCUAGUUCAGAAUAUUAAUAAAAAAUUCAAUAUGAACUUAAGAACCUCGAAAAAUAAAUUGAGGAUGAUGAAAAUUACAUAAUAAGUUUAGCCAAAUCACGAUUUUUAGAGGAGAUUGCCACUCCUACUCUAAUCUAAAACUUUUAAGCAAUAAACUCAAUGUUUUUUUAGAUUUUUAUCAAAAUGAUUGAAUUUGCCAAAAGAAAGAAUCUACUUUGGAUAAUCCUUUAAUUUAGACACUCAUAAUUUUUAAACUGUCUUUAAUCUUUGGAACAUUCAAAUGAUUUUCAAAGGUUUAUUAACUCAUUGAUAUGA